UGUCACCUGAUUCUUUAAGCAUUACAGUUUAAAUUUUUUUCAAUUGUUCCAUAAUCGCGCGCAUAGAUCAAAACCUCAAAAUCGGAAAAACGAAAACGUUGUUAUCAUCACACACAUGCUGAUCUCAAAGCACAAAAUCUUCAAAACCAUAAACACAAACACAAACCAUUCUCCAAUCUUCCUUCUACUAUCCCUCCUUAAACAAUGUCCCUCCACAAAAACCCUCCAACAAAUCCACACCCAAUUCACAAUCCACUCCAUUCACAAACCAAAUCACCUCCUUUCACAAUCCAUUUCCCUCAAAGACUUUACUUAUUCCACCCUCAUUUUUUCACACAUUACCCCCCACCCUAAUGACUAUGCUUUCAACAUCAUGCUUCGUGCCACCACCACUACUUGGCAUGAUUACCCUCUCACCCUUCACCUUUACCACCAAAUGAAAACCCUAAAUAUUUCCCCGAAUAACUUCACAUUUCCGUUUGUUUUCCUCGCGUGCGCGAAUUUAGAGGAAAUUCGCAUGGCCCGGUUGGCUCAUUGUGAGGUUUUUAAACUUGGGUUGGAUAAUGAUCAUCAUACGGUGAAUUCGAUGGUUACAAUGUACUUUAGAUGUGGUGAAAAUGGUGUUGCGCGUAAGGUGUUUGAUGAAAUUACUGAGAAGGAUUUGGUGUCGUGGAAUUCAUUGUUGUCUGGGUAUGCGAAGCUGGGAUUUGCGAGGGAGGCGGUGGAGGUGUUUGGUAGGUUGAGGGAGGAAUCAGGGUUUGAGCCCGAUGAGAUGAGUUUGGUGAGUGUUCUUGGUGCUUGUGGGGAGUUGGGGGAUUUGGAAUUGGGGAGGUGGGUGGAAGGGUUUGUUGUGGAGCGUGGUAUGAAGGUUAAUUCGUAUAUUGGUUCUGCUUUGAUUAGUAUGUAUAGUAAGUGUGGUGAGUUGGUUUCGUCUAGAAGGAUAUUUGAUGGCAUGCCGAGUAGAGAUUUUAUCACUUGGAAUGCAGCUAUAUCAGCAUAUGCUCAAAAUGGAAUGGCAGAUGAAGCAAUAUCUUUAUUUCAUUCUAUGAAGGAGAAUGGUGUCGAUCCAAAUAAAGUUACCCUGACCGCAGUUCUGUCUGCAUGUGCCAGUAUUGGGGCUCUGGAUUUGGGGAAACAGAUGGAUGAAUAUGCAACACAUAGAGGAUUACAGCAUGAUAUUUUUGUAGCUACUGCAUUGAUCGAUAUGUAUGCCAAGUGUGGAAGUUUGGAGAGUGCACAACGAGUUUUCAACGACAUGCCCCGAAAAAAUGACGCUUCAUGGAAUGCAAUGAUCUCUGCUCUUGCUUCUCAUGGUAAAGCCAAGGAAGCACUAUCACUGUUCGAGCGCAUGUCAGAUGAGGGUGGUAGUGCCCGCCCGAAUGAUAUAACAUUUGUAUCGUUGCUUUCUGCUUGUGUGCAUGCAGGCUUGGUUGAUGAAGGAUAUAGGUUGUUUGAUAUGAUGAGCACAUUAUUUGGAUUGGUACCAAAAAUUGAGCAUUACUCUUGUAUGGUCGAUCUUUUGUCACGUGCCGGUCAUCUAUACGAAGCUUGGGAUGUCAUUGAAAAAAUGCCUGAAAAACCAGACAACGUUACCUUAGGUGCUUUACAUAGUGCAUGUCAAAGGAAGAAAAAUGUAGAUAUAGGUGAACGAGUUAUACAGAUGCUACUAGAGUUGGAUCCUUCAAAUUCUGGAAACUAUAUCAUCUCAUCUAAAAUAUAUGAAAAUUUGAACAUGUGGGAUGAUGCAGCAAGGAUGAGAGCAUUGAUGAGAGAGAAUGGUGUCACUAAAACUCCUGGUUGUAGCUGGAUUGAAGUUGGUAAUCAAUUGCGUGAAUUUCUCUCUGGUGAUGGCUUAACCCUCGACUCUAUAGAUGUACGUAACAUAAUAGAUUUGCUCUAUGAAGAGCUCAAAAAGGAAGGGUAUGUCCCAAAAAUUGUUGAUUAAUCUUUAUGAGGAGCAGAAGAGUUGUCUUAUUGGAUAUUGCCGAAGUGGCAAGAUUGGACUCUCCGGCACUCAUCAGUUUCAGCUCAACUAUUCAUAUCUGUUGAAUUGGUUUCAUCAGGGAAGGCGCUUUGGGCAAAACCUGGCAACUUCUUGAGGAGAGAAGAGUUUUUAUUGUGCCAAUGGGAUCCAGCAAUUGAUCUUGCUUUAAAGGAUGCUUCUUUAUGUGUCAUAUCAUUAUCAACCAGACAUUGACGAGUGCUUGAAAAUUUUGAUACUCAAUUUAAAAUUUAUUUUCACAGUGAAGGCUUAGAUAGGUCAAUAUGUUACAGCUGCAACAAUUAUUUUAGAUCAAUUGAAAUAAAUAUUUUUCUUGGCAUCAUGCAUACUCAACAAAGAAUGGUCAUAUCAUGUUGAUUUGCUAAGAUGACAGGAGUGUAA